AUGGCUGUUGGCACCAAGACCAGAAGAGACUCUGCCGAGUCCAUUAACACAGAUAUCAUUACCUUGUCCAGAUUUAUUUUGGAACAACAACAGGUAUCUGCUAAAAAUGCCACUGGUGAGUUUUCUAUGCUAUUAAACUCGUUGCAGUUUGCGUUCAAGUUCAUAUCACAGACCAUCAGACGUGCAGAAUUGGUCAACUUGAUCGGUCUUGCUGGUGCCUCUAACAGUACUGGUGACCAGCAAAAGAAGUUGGAUGUUUUGGGUGACGAGAUAUUCAUUAAUGCGAUGAAGGCAUCUGGUAAUGUCAAGGUUUUAGUUUCUGAAGAGCAAGAAGACUUGAUUGUGUUCCGUAACAGCCCGGGGAAAUACGCAGUGUGCUGCGACCCAAUCGAUGGAUCAUCCAACUUGGAUGCUGGUGUGUCUGUCGGUACGAUUGUUUCCUUGUUUAAGAUUCAUGAGAGUGGUGAGAAGGACAGCGAGGGUACCAUCAAUGAUGUUGCCCGUUGCGGUAGAGAGAUGGUUGCCGCUUGCUACACUAUGUACGGUGCUUCCACUCACUUGAUGUUGACCACUGGAGCAGGUGUCAACGGUUUUACUUUGGACAACAAUUUGGGUGAGUUUAUCUUGACGUAUCCAGACUUGAGGUUACCAUCUCACAGGUCAAUUUAUUCUAUCAAUGAAGGUAACACAUGCUAUUGGGAACCAUUAAUUGCUUCUUUCAUUGCCAAAUUGAAGGAAAAGAGUGAGGAAAAUGGCGGUAAGCCAUACUCUGCUCGUUACGUCGGUUCUAUGGUUGCCGAUGUCCAUAGAACUUUGCUAUAUGGAGGGUUGUUUUCUUACCCCGGCGAUCAGAAAAACCCUAACGGUAAAUUGAGAUUAUUGUAUGAAGCCUUCCCAAUGGCAUUCCUUGUUGAGCAAGCUGGUGGUAAAGCUGUAAACGACAGAGGUGAACGUAUCUUGGACUUGGUACCUGAACAUAUCCACGAUAGGAGCAGUAUUUGGUUGGGUAGUGUUGAUGAAGUCAACAGAUACUUGAAGCAUAUUGGCAAGUUAUAA